CAUCCGUUAAAUUCUGUUGAAAAAGGGAAAUUAAAGUAAACUGACGUGGUCACAGGCGCUGAAUUACCGUGGGGAAAUGUCAACUGUAGGCUCCAUCAUUCCACAGGUACACCACAGGUUUCCCUUUGUCGUGACAAACUUUUGGUUCUUCAAGUUAAGACUGUCCACAGCAUUUGACCGAUAAAAUAAUCCAGUAACAAUCCAAGGACUGCAUGAGAGAAACCUUAGAGAUGCACUACAAACGACUGGCAGCGUGUUAAUCAAGAAGCCCCUAAAGCAAAGGGAUACAAAACAGACAGCCAAUCUCAGUAAAGAGAACCGAAAAACCUGCAGACUCUUUCGUUGUGAUCUCCUGAGAUUGUUUCCCCCAAAGAUCAAUGCUUUUACUGAGCAUGUGUCAUAAAGGGAGGUCAACACACAAGCGAAGAUGAACCCUUAUGUCACUUCACACUUCAGGAGGGAUCUUUUCCCCCAUUUCCAUUUGUUGUAGACUUUUGUCUUACCUGCUGUUACUGGUUGAAUGACAUCGCUUCUUCUCUAUUUGUACAGUUACAGCAGUGUCUAUUGUUUUUCAGUUCCCUUUGUAGUCGCCACAGUGCUGAGUUAGAGUUGAAGGUUUAAUUCUGUCCACUGUUCCAAAGAGACUGGAUAUGAAUACUCUGUAUACUUGUCAGGAUCAGUAGUAGAGUUCUCUGGAGAUGGUUGGGCAAGGUGAAUACUAACACUACAAGCAUACCUUUCCAUUGCCAGAUAUAUUUGCACAUUUCUCUUUUGCUUUAUUUAAACUCUUCAAAGUUGUCAUUUUCACAUUGCAUCUACAUGAUAAUCUUCUGUUUUGUUUGCGUAAACUCUCUCUGUUGUUCAGGCAGCCUUUUGUUUUGUCUUAUUUUGUAUCUUGUUCAAACAGUUACGCCCUCAGCCAUCUUUGUUCUCAGCACUUCUCAGCUCUUCUCAUUCUGUGGCACACACCUGAUCUAUCAACUCUGGUGCCAGACCUCCAGAAAAAUGUAGAAAACUUCUUCAGGUGACCUGUGUGCUUACCUUUUCCCUCCAUAUAAAUCUUCUACUUAAAUCUAAAAACACAAAUAAUAUAGGAGAUAGAUCAAAGUAAUCUCUUUCUGUUAUUUUCUUCCCUUCUUCUUAUCUUUUGUCAGACGUAGGCGCUUUCUCAGCCGUAACGCUGAGCUGUAAUGAGGUAUGUCUGGUCUAACUGUUGCUGGUGAUUGCUAACAGCCGUGUAGUUCAGUUCAAUAUUAUCCACAUAACAGUCUGUACACAAAACAAGUCUUCACCAAAUUGACAAUGGCCAUUAAACAGAUUUGCAGACCGUUAGAUAGAAAAUGUGAAAUUGUUAAAGCAGUGACAUGAUUGAACAGGAAAUGGCAAACAAAACAUGGUUCUUUCAGUUUGGACCCUCUUGUUGGGCAAAAGUGACAUUUCCUUGACUUGUAAAGAAAGGUUAUGAGACUAGUUUAAGUCUGCAGAAACAGAUACAUUGUGUGAAUCUGCCUAUUAAAUUGUGUGUACUAUAGUCAGUGCUUUAUCCAAGACCUGUUGGCACUGAAUUAUGAAUGAUGAAUAAUGACAGACAUUUGAUGUACUGAAAGCACUGCAUUCUUUGUGUCCUCAUGCCCAUACUAAGUGGUUGUAAAACUGGGAACAGCCUGAUCGUAAGAAGUGGCAUGUUUUUUUGCUUUUGACUGCAUGUUGGAGAUGAUUUUAUCACCGAGUCCCAUUUGAAGUUAAUUUCUAUUUGUCUUGUCUUGUAUGCAUCUUGUCACAAUAUUAUGGCACUUUGUAAUGAUUUGCACAUCCUUUACAUGUUUCUUACUCCUUUCUACUAUUAGUUUAUAGCUUCCAUGAAUCGAUGCCUGCAUGAGGCUUCCCUUUUAUUGUUUUGAACUGAAAAGAACCUUUCCUGCUUGCUUUUUCGAUGUCUGUUGAAGUCAAUCCUUUCCUACCACUCCUUGUCAAAAGAAGUCUUGUAAACUCGGGGUCACAGAAAUAGAGUCCUUUGGCUGCUGCUGACAUCUUCCUUUUAUCUCACCUUUGCUUCUUUAGUGAGUAUGAUUUAAGGACAUUGGUUGCUAAUGAAUGCAACUGUGAACCUACUUCAAGAAAGCCCACUUUGUUUGCUGAGGGAUCUAUCACUGAAAGGAUAGACUGUACUGAGAAACAGCAUUACACGUUGAGGAAAGUAAACAAGUGACCUGUCAAUGGCCUUGGUGGGAAUUAUCCUCUUGUUACCAUUGGCCACUAUAGACUUGCAAUUCUCUCUUCAUUAAGAAGGGCUGAAAGACUGACUGUGUUGUUAGCAUCACACACUAAAUUGACUGUAUCAAGGUGCUUAAUUACUACAUCAACAAUAAAAUCAAGGCACACUAAGGAAUACUAAUUAACUGUCAACUACUCCAUAAGAGAGAGGGGACUUUAUAGUACAUGAUGGGAGCGGCACGCGUGAAACGCCGCUUCAGUGCUGUGGUGGAUGGGCCAGUGGAGGAGGAGGAAGUCAUGAGGCUGGCACAGAGUGCUGCAGACACGGCUAGGGCAGGGGGCAGUCCGACGGGGUCAGGGACCCCAACCAGCCCCUCCCCGACUCAUGCCCUGAACGGCAAAACUCUACCUCUCCAGAGCAACACCAACAAUGCACGGAGGCAGAGUGCCAUUGGAGAGUCAGUUGGAGGAGACGCAGGAGAAGGCGGGGUGAGAUCAGGAGGAAUGUGCUCAGGUCUAAGGAGUGGAAGAGGCUGUAGUGUAGGAGGAAGAGGGAAAAGCCAUUCAUCCUUGGCCCAGGAUUCGCUCUCUUCCCCCUCCACUACUAGCCGCAGGCACACCAGGCGCUCUAGCCGCCGGCCCCGACAACGCUUUGUGGGCAAGGACGGACGCUGCAACGUCACUUUUGUCAACAUGAGCGAGAGGGGCCAGCGCUACCUCAGCGACCUCUUUACCACCUGUGUGGACAUCCGCUGGCGCUGGAUGCUGGUCAUCUUCACCCUCUCCUUCCUUCUCUCCUGGCUGCUCUUUGGAUUUGCCUUCUGGCUCAUUGCCUCCAUGCAUGGGGACCUCUCCAUUCAGCUUACCCCCAGCUCAGGUUCCUCUCCGGGAUCAGGAGAGGCCGGGUCUGGAGGAGAGUCUGAUAGAGAGGCAGUGGUUGAGGAGCCGUGCUUCCUCCAGGUGAACAGCUUCAUGGCGGCCUUUCUAUUCUCCUUGGAGACACAGACAUCCAUUGGUUACGGAUUUAGAAGUGUGACCGAAGAAUGUCCCCUGGCGGUGGCGGCGGUCGUUUUGCAGUGCAUUGUGGGCUGCAUUAUUGACGCCUUCAUCAUUGGGGCAGUCAUGGCAAAGAUUGCCAAGCCCAAGAAGCGCAACGAGACGCUGGUGUUCUCUGAAACAGCUGUGGUGGCACUGAGGGACGGGAAACUCUGCAUGAUGUGGAGGGUCGGAAACCUACGCAAGAGCCACCUGGUAGAGGCACACGUUCGAGCACAGCUACUGAAGUCAAGGGUGACAGCAGAGGGAGAGUUCCUCCCACUUGACAAUGUGGACAUCAACGUGGGUUUUGACAAUGGCACGGACCGUAUCUUCUUAGUCUCACCAGUGACAAUUGUCCAUGAAAUCAACGACGAGUCGCCCUUCUUUGAGAUCGACCGAAAGGCCCUGGAGAAUGACUCUGAGUUGGAGGUGGUGGUCAUCCUCGAGGGCAUGGUUGAGGCCACAGCCAUGACCACACAGUGCCGUAGCUCUUAUCUGGCUUCUGAAAUCCUCUGGGGACACCGAUUCGAACCAGUGCUCUUCGAGAGGAAAGACUGCUACCAGGUGGACUACUCAUUCUUCCAUCGGACAUAUGAAAUCCCGACCACUCCUUCAUGCAGUGCUAAAGAGCUGGCAGAACAGAAGUUCUUACAAAGCUCACACUCGUCAUUCUGCUAUGAGAAUGAAGUGGCUCUGCAACUCGUCUCCCCUGAUGAUGAGCCUGAACAAGACCCUGAGUGUCCCUCCCCACCCACACGAAGGCCAUCUCUGGCAGAACAUCUCCACUACAACUGAUACAGUGGGAUAGGAAGCCUUAAGGGAAAAGAGGCAGAAAGUAGCCAUGGAGGUUUAGAGGAAGAACAGGAACAAAGAGAGGGUAAGAACGGUAGGAAUGGGCAGUCCAAGAGAGACCAGAUUAAAAGUACAUAUAUGGAUUUGCCAGUGUCAGGAACAGGGUAGGAAGUGAAACCGUUUACAGUGAAUAGAGAGGGAAGAAAGUCCAGAAUAGGAGCAAGUCAAGAGAUCCAUUAGAGUUUUUAAAAGUUUACAGGAUUUAGAUAAAUUCUACUGUACAGAUUAAAUUGUACAGAGAAACAGAAAAGAUAUGGACAGAUAAAGAAACAGUGAGAGGUUUGGGAUCAGUCUAUAGGGGAGAUGGGUUACUACACUGACCUAGUUGUCUGAUUGGUCCUGGCAAUCUUUCAGAAUUAUUGAACAAAUGUCUGCAAUGUCUCACAUCUGGCCCAUCAUCACUACCACAACACACCCAUCUGGCUCUAAUGCCUGACUGGCAGAAUAUACAAGAGCAGCCCAUGGUGGCUCUAACCUGCAACUGCACCUCCACUCUUAUGAUCUGCAGGAAUUCUUGACCUCUACUGAAAUGAAUGGUAGUGUACCUUCUGAGGUACAACUCAGGAAUGUUUUCCACUAUGAUGCUGAUUUAUCAUUUUAAUGCUUUAUUUUCUUAUGGUAAGUAUGGAUAGUGCACAAUUUGUGAUACUUUGAGGUUGGGGGUGGCUGUUGAGAAUGCUUUUGAGUAUUUGGCUUGGCUACUUGUAGAGCCAAAGCAGGGCAACAGUAACAUGAAGAAGCAACUGAAAACUAGCAGCUUUUUAAAGCAGUUUCUUUUCCAUGUUAUGUGCUGUACGUUGUUUGUCUUUUGACCCUUUUUCCCCCUGUGUCAUGAAAAAAAAAAGUUAACUGGUUGUAACAUUUGAUUUAUUCAUUUGUUGAGAUGAAGACCAUGUGGUCAGAGGAAGCAUGAGUGUUUGUCAUUUUCAAACCACUGCAGUGAUAUACAAUGACAGAUGACAAUUGCUGUGUCCAGACCAGUUAAUUACCAUACAUUCUUUCUUGCACUACUAUGUACAGUAUCUUUUCAUUUUGCUAAAAACACUCAUAUUGUAUUGUUCUUGUCUGUUGCUUUUGGAUUCUAGUACAACUCAGUUACAACAUUAUAUUUGAAAUGUCUUGGCACACUUGGAAGACCCUUGAUGGUUUAGACUGAAUCGAGAAAAAGGGGUCUGUAAAUGCUCUGGAGGCUAGUAACCUCCAACAUCACAAGAACAUAACUGAGCUGAACUGAAUGGGAGAAGCGUUCUGACGAUGAUGACAUGGCUUGCUUCUCUGAGAAUAAAACUGUCAAACUUCUGCACAAGUGGAUGAGGAUUGAACUGGAAACUACACCACAUCCAUAGAAUAUUAUUCAGUUUUUUGUGCCCAUAAAAUCAUUUGACACCCUGCUCUAAGUCGAAUGUGUUACGGUAGUGAAUGGUGCCUUCAGAACAAACCAGAGAUUUUGCAACUGGCCCGUCAUCUGCAGCUGCAGCUUAUUUUUAUUGUGUGUAUUUGCAUAAUGCUACUUAUUCAAGAGUGUUUUUUCAAUCACUGUAACAUUUGCAGUACGUUGUUCUAAGUAGACAAAAAUAUCUAUGCAAAUGAAUUACUGUGAAUCUGCUCAGUUACUGAGAAGUCUCAAUAUGAAUAUGCAUUGAACAUAAAGAUGCUUUUAGCUGCAUUGUAUUGUACACGAUGUAAUAGUUGCACUUUGUAGUUAAAUUACAAAGCACCUGGAAUGUUGUUGUUUCUUUUAGAUCCUAUAAUAAUGUACUGUAAAUUAUGCCACCGGAGUAUUUAAGUGUUAAAUUACAGGUGUUGGUGAUGGAAAUGUAAGUCAGUGUCAGGAGUGCAACAUUAUAUUACUGUAAGUGUUAACCAAUAAUCAGCCUGUCCAAUGCACAUCGUAGGAACGUUGUACUUUGCACAAAAGUAAUAUAUGGAGAUGAAUAUCACUAAUGAAGAUCUACAACAGCACAGUAGAGUUGCUGGAUCAGAACAGGUUAACCUCAUUGCAUUAGUCGCAGUGCUUGACUUCAGUUAUCGAAAUAUUUUGUCAUGGUUACCUCAGGAGUGUUGAGGUAUUGAUAACAUAUUAUCUAUUACAAUUAGUGUUAAGGCUGUUAUAUGUUUGUGUCCUCCCUUCACUUCUCCUUCUUGGCUACCAUGUUCUAUUUAUAAGCUGCAUGGAGGGGGUCAUGUCGUUCACCUUUCCUCCACUUCCAUGAAAUGUAACUUGAACUUACAGCACCAUCACUUUAACAACGAUAGCACUUUUUAAACACCCCAGAAAGAAAUAGACAGAUGGAUUGUUUGGUAAUUUAACUGGUUGCUUAGGAUUCACUACUCACAGUACACAUACUACAUUUUUUAAAUCGUAGGUAUUUAUAAUAUACAUUGUGUAAAAUACAUAGUAUAGUGUCAUUUUUUAAUAAAUAAGUGAGAUGAAACCAAUGAAAGUUGUAGAUACCUUUCCUAUGUUAUUUUUCUAAAGAGAACUGCUCCAACAUUGAAAUUAAUUUCAGAGCUGCCUCAGGCACAGAGCACUUCCAAAUGAAACUGAACUGUGUUGAGCAAAUAAAACACGGGGACUGAAUUGCAAUUAUUGGUUGUUUCUUUAUUUAUUCUCCUUGUAGCUCACAUCGCAAGCCAGUCCAUUUUAAAAAUCUUAUCACUGCUCUGAUAAUCUUUGCUGCGUUUACAUUUACAGAUUUAGAUUUUAUGUACUACUUACAUAUAGGUAAUAUUACUGUAAUUAUACAGAGAUUAACUAAGAUUUUUACAAAAUGUUGAGAGACGAAGAUUAUCCUUAUAGUGUCUUCACAAUUACUUGGCUGCUGGAGAUUUAUGACUCAUAGACACAUACCAAAUCACCAGAUCUUGUUUCAGAAGGAAGUGCAAGGAAUGUCCACAACUAUCUCUUUCUCUAUCUAUAUAUACUGUGUAUACAUAUAGGCUAUAUAUGUUCACUGAUAACCUUGUC